AAUAAAACUAUUGAUCCGAUUGGCUACGCAAAUACUUUGUCCUUUUUUUUGUAUUUAUUUCUCAGCAGCGAUAUUUUGCUGUGCUUACGUUGCUUUGUUUAAGUAAAUGGUCUUAUAGGAGCAGGAAGAGGGUUUAAAUUGUUGAUUUGCUGUAGUCUUUUUGUGAGCGGGGGCUGCAGAAGAGUGAAACGAUAUGAAAACACUAGAAGAGAUGUUCGAUAUUCUUGACGCCAGUCGUAAAGGCUUCCUUACGGCUGAACAAGUCAAAGAAUUCUUUGAAAGAGCCCAUAUUUGCAGUGUGAAUUUUAAGCAUGUUGUUAAAUCUAUUGAAUGGGUAGUUGGACCUAAUGGGAAGGUUGUUAAAAGUAAAUUUUCUCAGGUUCUACAAGAAUUGUCGAGGAGGAAGGAUGUCGAAGAUAAGGCCCAAUGGGAUUUUAUUGGUCUUGAUAAGUUUGGUUCGUCAAGAAUUUCUGUAUCGGAGGCUCUACUCCUCUUUCAGAUCACACAUGGUAACGAAUUCCUUAUAGAUUUCUGGCAUCAAUUUAUUGACAGUAGGGGAGACCUGGGAACUACUGUUCCUGUAUCGUAUGACGAAAUGCGAAUGUGGCUUUGCGAUCAUCCUUUCGAAAGACCUAAUAAAGAUGAAGACGAACCGGAUACUGCAGAGGAGGAAUUGGCUAGAUUAGCAGAGGAUUUCGAAAUGGCACUCGACAGUGAGAUAGCUAAGUUAAUUCAGAAAACGGACGAAGAACUUCUGGCAGAUAGAGAUUGGAAUGAGAAGAAGAGUAAUCGAUUGGCUAGACGAAAAUUGGGAAAUUGGGAAAAAAAUGGAGUUUCUGGACUCUUUGAUGAUGAUGGUAUUGAUGAUAUAACUGAGGAUAUUGCUCAACCAUUGAAGAGAGGCAUUUCAGUCGUAUUCGACCUUCUUAACCUGAAAUAUGACAUUUUAAGAGAGAGAGUUAUUAUUUUAAUGGCAGAAGGUGAUAUGGGCUCUGGAUUAUGGAUAGGCUCAACUCCAUCACAGCAAAAAGCAGUUCUACGGAAAAUAUCUACAACUGAGAAACAAUUGAGAAGAAAGAAACAACUAGCUUCAUCCAGCCAUGCUAUUCCAGGAUCUCACAUACUCUUGAGAAACUUUGAUGCCCUGUUGGGAAAGCUUGGAGAAGAGCUCACUGCUGAUCAACGGUCCUUAAACAUAAGGCGACGUGACAUGAAAAAGAGUGGAACAAAAGAAGUUGAAAUAGAGCAAACUCUGAAAAGACUUUUUGAAGAAUCCUUAGAUUCCAGAAUGAAAUGUGGAGAUGCUUUAGUGAUACUAGAGGAGAGACAAGAAAAGGAGCGCAAGCUACUUCUUUCUAUGUCACCGAAUCUGUUAACAGAAAGUCAUGGUCGCUUGGCAGCCCAAAUAACCUCUCUUAGGCGAUUCGAUCAUCCGGAAACAUGCGCUCUUAGUGUAGGUCUACUUGAGAGGAACCAAUUACCAGUUUCAUCUUUCUUUGAAGCAGAUUACCUAAGACAGGAGAGAUUAGCUAAAAUCAAAAUGAAUGAUGAUUUUAGCAAAAGUACAGAUCAUGUGGGUGACGACUACAUUGGUUGUUUAAUAAAGUCGAUUAGCCUCCGACACUUGAACGAAUAUGAAGAAUUAUUAUCUCUUAUCAAAUCUCUUCCUGAAAAAAUCCCAUCAACAGAUAGCAAUGAAAGGGAAAAGAAGAUGACUAUUUUACAGAAUGAGCGUGAAAAUUUAAGAGAAUCAGCUGAUGAUUUAAGAAUUAAGAAUAAAAAGAAGCAUAUUGCAAUUUUCCAAGAAGCUUGUAAGCUUUAUCUUAUGGAUCUAACAAGAGAGUCUGGAAUUUUAAGAUUGCAUACUGAAUUACAAUUGCAGCAGCAUUUAGACCUUGAUAAGAUUGUUAGAAAUCUUGGAAAUCUUAAUGAUAAAGAACUAAAAGCAAAAAGUAUCGAGGAAGAGAAAAAACUGAAGCAACAUGAUAUGGAUAAUAUUGCUGCUGUUCUCUUAAAUCAAGGCAACAUAAGCGAAGAUGAGAAGCCAUACGUUGUUUCUAUAGAGGUCAAAUAUGCUGCCCUGAAAGAUGUUGCUAUUCAACACAGUCUCGAAUAUGAAUACGGACCCGAUUGGGGCAGAUUAUCUCAAGACGAAAAAAAAAAUUUGAGAUUAAAACGAGCCAAGGAAGAAGCCGUCGCUCGGGAAAGGGGAGAACCCGAUGGAUUUUCCCCGCUCAUGGGUAAACUUGGUUCAAAAUUAUCCGAUUUAAAUUUCUACAUGGGGCCUGUUAGGGAAGGAGCUUUACUUGAUUCCUCAAAUAUCCUUUAUGACUUAACAGUUCGAAUGAGAAUUGAGAAGGAAGCAGUUCUGAAUACUUUACGAAAGAAUGGUCUGAAUGACGUUCUUCUCGUUGCUAUUAGGCACGAGGCUUGGCGAGCUAUAAAAGAAAGUGAUACUGGUGUAUCAGCUCUAAGUGUAGGACUAGUUGAACGUGUCUUCUGUGAUUCCGAUCCCGAAGAUGAUGCGAGACAAUUACUUCUGGCAAAAUUGAGGUAUAAACUUCGACAGAAACGUCUCGAACAGGGUCAAAUAUGGUCUAGGGAAAAGGAUGAAGGUGGAAAUAUUGAUAACGAUCUUAACUCUUGGCGGAGAGCAUUUCUAAUCGAGAUGAGUAAAAAACAUAGAGAAGAAAUAGAGGUUAUUCUCUAUGUCUUACAGGAUCCGUCUAUGGAUUCUUUGGUUGACGCAGCAUUGAAAAUGGGGGAUAUUGAACGAACAAAGCGUCUAAGCGAAUUAAGCUUUAAGAGAAACGUUGUAAAUGAUGAUCUUGACCAGCGUAUGGAACUAAUAGAAGAGGCAGCUGCCAUAAGAAUAGCUUGCAAAUUAGAUGAAGAGGACCACGUGCAAAGUUCACAUGAGGAAAUAGCUUAUGGUAUUGUGGCUGACGUACAGGCUGCUCAAUAUAAAGAGUUAAGCAGUGCAAUGAGAACAUUAGCAAACCAAGAUCAGAAUGAUUUGAUGUAUAAAAGAGGAAGAGAAAUUGAUAGCAGGAAUGAUCAAAAUGUUCACAAUAUACUCGACGUUUUAACAAAAUAUGUUGGAGAACUCUCCGAUGAUUCUAUUCUUCAGGCUUUGGAUGAUAGGCAAGCAGCUCUGGAAGCCCUUUUGGAUGACGGCUGUCCUCAAGAUGUUCGAGAUAAGCUGAAGAAAGAUUUCGAAGAAGAGAGACGUCUUCUAUUAGAUAGGUUAAGAGGAUUCAAUCGAAAGUACAUGUCAGAAAGGGAACGUCAAGCACUCCUUAUGAGAUUAAAACGCCAACAACGUCAGAUUAAGUCUCAAGAGCGCUUAGACGAUGCUCUACUGUUGCUCUCUACAACUUCUGAUUAUGAAAAUUCUUUAAUGAAAAAGCAGCAAAGCGAAAGAGAAAGACAAAAAGAACUUGCACUUAAAAGAUUGGCGGCUCUCAAGGCUAAGAAAGUCGGGAAAAUCCCAUGCCCUGAAAUAGAUAAUGAUAGAAGGACUAUGAAAGACACAAUACUAAAAUUAGCUGAUCAAAUGUUUGAACAGGAGAGGCAAUUACUCGUUGAGAUGGUUAGUAGGGAUGAAAAUGAUCGAAUGGCAGAAAGCAUGUCCAGCGAACAAAGGACUAAUCAAUUGGAUGAAUUAUAUAAAAACUUGAGGAAUUUGCCUCCGGAGAGUACACAGUCUCGAUUAGAUCUUUUAAAUAGGGCAGCAUUUUUAAAAAGGGCUAACAGAAUGGCUUCUUUACGAAGAUCUAAUCAGGAAAGUUCCUUACAGGAUAUCCUAGCAUCAUUACUUCUCGAUUUAGAGCAGAAACAAAACCAGGAAAUGAACGUUCUCAUGGAUACUUUAGCUUUAGAUAAUGAUAAAGACGCUAUGCAAGAGCAAUUAAAAUAUAGCUUUUGUAUCCAAAACGAUAAUGUACCUAAUCUGGAACAGAUCAUUUGCUCAGCUGAAAGUUCAUCGCCCCAAGAAUCGAAUAAUGAGACUGUCGUAGAUGCCCUGAAGGACAAAUAUGACGCUUUGAGAGAUACUGUUCUUUUAGAUAUUCUUUCGGAAAACGAUUCUAAGUUUGAUAGUUUAUCAAAGGAGGAAAAAAAUAAGAUACUUCUGGAACUUAAAGCAAAUGACUCAAAAGUUAAUGAAUUAAUUCAAAAAGGAACAUCUGGAAAUGACGAAAGAAGCAAGAAAAGAAAGAAUGUCCUUGAAGAUCUUAAAAAUGAUUAUGAGAAGGAAAAAGCCGAACUGCUGGCUCUUUUAGGUAAAAUGAAAGACAAAGAAGAUGCAGACAGAAAACUUCAAUUGGAACUUGCUAGAUUACGGCACGAAGAAAGGCUGGCUAGAAGAAAUGACAUGUACUUUACAGCAUCUCGUCUCCUCACGCAAUCUGAGUCUCUUACAAAGAACUUAGAUAAGGAAAAGAAAAGGCAGAUGGAAAUUGCUAAAGCCCGAUUAGAGGCAAGGAGAAAGAGGAAAAUUCAAGGACAAGAACUGGAAGAAAUAACUCCUGAUUCCCAUGACGCUUUAAUACGUGGACUAGAAACGAAGCAUGAAAAGGAGCGAAAUUUCCUGAUAGAUCUUCUUGAAAAUGUCACGAACAGAGGUAUUAAUCCUAUAAAAGAGAAGGAGUUUCGUAAUUUAGUUGAUAUACUUACACACACCUGGGAUGAAAUUAUAUCAAAAGAAGAAGGUAAUCCAGAUAUUGUUCUUGAGAAAGCUGCUGCGGCCUACUUGGGUGUUUCUAAGAAUCAGGAAGAAGCAAAAGUUAUUCUUGUUGCCAAUUUGCAAAAGCAACAAGACGAAGAAUGUAGAAAUCUCCUGCACAAUCAAAGCAAUAUUGAGAAAGACACUUUACAGAAGUUACUAGACGCUCAAAAUAAUAAUUUUAAAAGUAAGGAGCCAAUAGCGUCUCUACUGUUAAUCAUGCCGGAAAAAGUUGAAGAUGAAAUGAUGAAAGUUUUAGAUAUGAAAUAUGAGAGUAUGAGAAAUAAGAUUUUAGUAGGUGCAUUAACAGAAAAAGUAGGAGGCGAAGAGGCCUGGAACAAGUUAAGUGACGAAGAGCGUCUAAAUCUAUUAAUAGAAGUUAAAUUAAAGGAAAAGCAAUUAAGAAAAGAAAAGAGGUUAAAUGAAGCUGAAGAAUUAAUAGGUAACAUGGAUAUUGAAGUUGGAGACACUUGGAAAGAAUCAAAGGAAAGGAUUGAAAAUAGGGCUAAUAGGAGUAAACAAUUAAUAAAUCAAAGAAAACAAGAGGGACUUAGUACAAAUCCAGCUCUUAUAGAUGCUUUAUUGGACGAAGAAGAAAUUGAAGAGAAGUCAAAGCGACGUCGGAAUGUUCUCGAAGAUCUUCAAAUGCAUUUUGAAGAAGAGCAAGCUGCUCUUCUUGCUCUACUUAAAUCUCAAACUGUUAGAGCAUUGACAGAAAAGGAAAAACAAAUGUUAUUGGCAAGACAAAAAGCUGAGAAGAGACGCUUACAAAGAGAAAACGAUUUAAAAGCUGCUGUUUCUGAAUUAUUAACUGAAGGGAAUAGGGCAGAACAAUCCAUAACAGCAGAGAGAGAAAGACAAAGAGAAUUGGCGACUAAAAGAUUAGCUGCUAUGAGAUUAAAGUAUAGAAAUAAGACUAAGGAUGAAAUUUAUAAUGAACUCUUGGAAGAGGACAAAAAGAUAGAAGAAGAGGAUUCACGGGCUUUAUACGAUCUUAAGAGUAGAGGAAUAGGACCUUUGCAUCAUAUAUUUAUGGAAAGGUUAGAGAGAUGCCAUGCAAAUGAGCGAAAGUUACUGGGAAGGCUUUUAGCCUCAGGAGCCUCAGAAAAAGACCUUAUAGCUCAACUAAUGUCUAUGACCACUCCGAGUAUAAAGUCUGAUUUAGAGAAUAUGCAGGGAGAAAGAGCCAAUUGGAGGCAAGAAAUGGAACAACUGUCCACAGACAAUUUAUCCGAAUUAGAAAAGGAGGUCCACUUGAGAAAGGUUGCAGAUGAAAGAACUAAGCAAUUUUCGAUACUAAAGAAGGCUGCUUUACUGAAAUCUAGAGCUGAACUGGAUAAUUUAGUUAAUCCAAACGAGGAUACAGAAAAAAUACAACAGCAAAUUGCCAUUAGCCUCUUAGCCGACUUGCAACAAUUGCAAAAAGCGGAAAUUAUGGCAAUUAGUGAUAAGAUGGGAAAGAUGCAUGGCGAUGAAGUGAUAAGACUUUUAAAACAUCAGAAGAAUACUAAUUUAAAAGGAUACUUUGAUAAUCUAACUUCUCUAUUAUUUAAAGUUAGAGAGGAAGAAAAAGUUGAAGCUGGACUUUCACAGACACAAGUAGAGGCUGCAGAAAAAGAUUUGAAACAAGAAUUCGAUGAUAAAGAGUCUAAAAUAAGAAAGAAUAUGAGUGAAGGAGUUGAUAUUGAUGCCGAAUUGGCAAAGUAACGUUUUGUUUUCUUUUCUCUACCUUUAUGCCUUUAGGACAUGUAACAUUUUUUCUUUAAAUUCUAUACGUUAAUUUAGAUUAAAAGAAGACUAUGAAAGAAGGAAAUCGGCUUUGCUUAGGAGUAUUGAUCGUCAGAAGAAAAUAGCAUUGAGCAAAUUAGAUGCUAGAAGAUCUGAAAGGGAAUUAAGACUGAGACAGGAAGAAGCUGUUGCUUCCGUUUUAGAGGCGUCGAAAGAGGACGAACAAAAAAUUAAGCAGAAAAUUUCGGAAGAGAGGAGUAGACAAACCGAACUUAUGCGAAAGAGGCUAGCCGAAAGGAAACGAUCAAGAAAACAAUCUAUUGAAGAUCAUGGUUUAAUCGAUUCUAGUUCGAUAAAAUCAAAGAGGUCCACUUCAGCCGAAGUCCAAAUUCCUGGCCUUCAAAGAGAAAAGACUGUUAUACCUACGAAAUUCUCCGAUAGCUUGGCUGAAAAAGAAUUCGCUCGUCUCAAAAGAGACGUUGCGUCUAAAGCCGAAGCUCUCGAAAGGGAAAAGACUCGACAAGAAGAACAGUUUAAAAAACGUCUUAGGGGCCAGAGGAGAAAGUCUCAGAGCGAAGUACAAGAAGUUUUGCUUCGUGGUGAAGAGCAACGUAUACAAUUGGAAAGAAAUCUUCAAGAGGAGAGAGAAAGGCAGAGAAAACAGACGAGAGAUCAACUAGAAAGAGCCAGAACCGAAAAGUCUGUUGUUAGAGAAGUAACGCCGGUAUCAUCCAAAAAACCCAAUAUACCUCAAAACGCCGAAGAAAUGGAACGUUUAUCGAAACAACUAGACGAAAGAUAUAGGAUAGCUCUAUCAACUGAGGAAUCGAUACAAAGGGAAGUUAAAGCACCACCGGUAAAACUGGACGAUAACGAACGCCUAAAGAAGCUGAAGGAUAGAAGAAAAUCAAGAAGUAAAUCUCUUCCCGCAGAAGAUAAUUAGAACAUAAAAAACCGACAUUAUAUUUCAUACAUUUCGUGCUAUAAUUUCAAUGUCUUCCAAUUAUUUUUACAAAUCUUUAAUCCUUCCAGUUGUUCUUUAAAUCAAAUACAGAAUAUAAAUAUGGAAA